AUUAUCAUCAUGAGUACCUCAGGCUCUAUCUUCUUCCAGCAAGGCGGUUCCCCGGAGACUGCGCUUGAAGUCAUCCAGCGAGCAUGUGGUGAUAAAGCCUACAUGCUUGAUAAGCCGCCGUAUGGUAAAGCCAUAUUCGAGAUUCACGAGGAUGAUGUGAGCUUAGGCAGCGGGAAGCCUGCGCAGGUCAUCGGCAUCAAGUUGCUGCUAGGAACCGAUCGUGACUUGGAAAACAACAUCGACAUCACCAUUUGGGCUUAUUUGUUCCAGAAUACAGACACCGAGCGUGCAACCCGAGUUGGCUAUCUUGGACUUAACGCUGACGAUGAACUUGUGCAGUACGUGGACCGCUAUCUUGUGCGCUAUGCCACGCUGAGCGACAUAUUCCCUGCAAAUUGUGCAGCCGGCAUGAUUCCAGCUCUCGUCAAGUACUACUUCUACAAGACGGAGGUUGAAUUUCUCUUCAUUCCAACUUUCAGUAAAAGCAAUGCAGAGGAUCUUAUUCGUGCUUGCGGCAGGUUCGAUACCUCUGUGCCCUUUGCUCGACGAGAGACCCGGGCUCCGAGCCGUAAAUCUCAGGUCGGACUGGGUGCUUCUAGGGAUCUUUCGUCCCUUUUGUUCCCAGAAAACGAAAACCAGUCUAUGAUGCCACGGACCACGUCUCCUGAGUUUACAGUACAGGAAAGCAAUGAUUCUGACCAGGAAAACCAGGUCCCCGUGGCAAACAUGUACCCAAAGCGUACCCAAUUUGAGGAUCGUAACACCACCGGCUCUCGCAACACACUCUUCAGUCAAUUAGUCAAAGCAUAUGAGGAAGAGGAAAGCCUUAAACAUCAACUCGAGACACUCGCUGCUGCUGGGGAAGAGCAGGAGAGGAAGCGAGAUGGCGUCAAGGCAAAACUGAAUGCUCAGAAGAAAUCUGAGGCUCAAAAGCUGCAAAUCGCCCAAGCUUCGAAGCAACAGCUGGCUGGUCAGGCUGAUCCUGAGAUCAAGAAGGCCAUCGAAUUUGGUAUUGAUCUAGGCCACAAGGAAAGUGAGCGCAAGAGAAGGAGGACGGAUUGAAGGGAUUGCGAUCAGGAGGUUGUGGCUCUCUGUUUGGCGUUGCAUCUACCUACUACGUUUGACUCUCUGUUUGGCACUGCAUUGAAUUUGAAAUGCGAGCGGGUCUUGGAAGAAGGUGGACCAUAUUGACUGCGGAAGUACUGACCGCACAUAAUAUUCCGUACGUUCUGCAAGUUGCGAUUCACACCAAUCUUGCGUGUAUUUGAAAAUUCGAGAUUUAGCUCGGUUUAUGUCUUCUAGAAUGGGAAAGAACCACGAGCGGUCCGAAAUGCUGUUGCCUACGUGCCUUUUGUGUAUACACCACCUCCUCUCAAUACCCCCUUAGCAGACUCCCUACUCUUCAUCUACUUCGUUCUGUUCUGCCUCCCAACCUCCCAAUCGUUUCUGCUCUUACUCUGCACAUUUCAUCAUUCUGGACCUACUUUCACAGACGAAGAAGGUUGCUUCUUGUCCUAGCCAGCGAAAGUACUUCUGAUCGUGUCGGGUCCGGGU